GCACGUGUAUUGGGGGAGGCUUCUCUUCGGAUGUUGGCCGUGUUGUAGAAGCCGGCUUAGCAAGGCGCAGUGAAACAAGGGCUCUGCCGACCUUCGGGGUAUCAUCGACUGAACUUUUCAUUCUGAUCGUCUACCGAAGGUCUUCUUGGCCCACUCUAGUUGAUACCUUCACGAUUAACCACUGAGUACAUCUCGGCGUUGUCAGCUGUAACAUCGGUCCUAAUAUCAGAUAGUCCGAAGUCUCCAGUUGAGCGGGGCGUAGUAGGACUAGGGCUUCGGAUGUCUUCAGGGUAUCAUUAGUUGAACUUCUCGUCCAGUUCAUGUUCCGAAGGCCUCCAGGGUGCAGUCUGAUCGCAAGGCUGUAGUUCUGACACGAUGAUUACUUUCAAGGCUCUGGGUACCUUCAGAGUAUUACCAAAUGGAGUUCUCGUCCUGUUAAUAUGCCGAAGGUCCUCGGGGCACAGUCUGAUAGAAGCCUCUAGGUUCCGAGUUUUCGACUAUAUUUGGGAUACUUCUAGCUGGAACGCCCCAGCGCGACCAAGACCAGGUCCCAGUCCGAAUCAAAGGCGCAGUCUCUUCUUUGCUGAAACGCUCGUUCUGGGACCACUUGUAACCAAUGUCGUCUUCGCUCCGGUUAAACUGUCCGAGGAGUCAUGGCUGUCUUUAUGGUAACAUGUCGUAAGAAGUUCAUCUAGAUACUGUGCCGAAGGCUUCUAGGCCCCAGUUUACUCGGAAUACAUAGGUCUGUGUCUUCGACCAUAUUCUAGCGGCGAGAAGUCUGGGCUGGUGUCACGAUCGUGAAAGAUUUCGGCGUCAACACAAGCCGCUAAGACGUUGUGUCAGCCUUCAGUGGUGCCCAUGUUUAGACUUGGGUCAAGCUUCCGUGUCUAGGUUAGAAUCCUUAUUUUGAUGUGGAACGUACUAACGGCCCUUCUGUUGUAGUCCAACUGUUUGGAGGGUUAUGCCUAUCUUUAGAGCGUUAGUGAACGAGAACCCAGCAAAUUUCAGGAAAGGGUUGGACAUCCACCUGUAGCAAAUGAUAGAAGUCAAUGACCCAGAAGUG